UUCAUCCGCGAGCUUGUUGGACAGUUGACAGUUGGAACCAGACAACUAUUUGACAUAUCAAGAUUAAAUAUCAAUAUUGCAGUUCGAACCCUCAGAGCUCAUACGCUGCACUCAGUCGGGGAGGAUGUUUUCCAGUUGGUUUUCUCCUGAAGGAGUCGCUGUUUUGUUACUCACAAUAGUUGCAACAUUUGAUGCUUCCCUUCCCGAUGUGAAUCUCACACUACCUGAAAAAUGCCAGGUUGAUUUGCUAGCAGAGUCUGCACUGGAGUGGGCGCUGCCCCCAUUUCAGAACGGAACAGUGCAGGAGCCACUACAGGACAUUGUGGAAUCUCAUUUGAACAAAAUGAUGGCGCUUAUAACUCUUUUGAAAGACUUCAUUACUGACCGGAAUAUUCUACUAUCCUACGGAAACUGUGUACUGGAAGUCACUGAGAAUUUGGUGUCUACGCUGGUGAGGAAAACAGAUCCCAUCAAAUCCAUCAACAUUUCUCUACAAACUUUAGAGGUUCAGGUAAUUACUGUUGGACAAAACACCUCUGUGAAUAAAGUCCAUUCUCUCAUCACAAGCAGUGCAUCCAUGGAUAUCGAGUUGACUGGGAUCUCAAAGAACAGCAAUGUUGCUGUAGCCUUUAUGAGCUACACCAACAUGGCAGACAUCCUGACACCUGUAGACCUUGUAAUAAGCGAAACCAUGAUGUCUGCUGUGGUAUCAGUAACACUUCUCCAAACCACCAACGCACACCUCACCAAACCACUCAAUCUCACGUUCACACACAUCAGAGAGUUAUACCCUGCAGGCAUUCUCUACUGUGGGAACUGGACAGAAACAGACUGGGCUGAAGCUGGUUGUAACAUCACAGACAAAAACUUCACUCACACUGUGUGCUCUUGUGAUCAUCUGGGUACUUUUACUAUCAUGCAGGUUGGUAUCUUUGUACUCAGAUCCUAUGGUUUUUGCUUUUUUAAUUUUUCUCUGCAUUACUGCAUUAAACUUCAUCUUCUACAUCAUCAUCAUCAUCAUCUUGAGCUUCACUAUAAUACGGCAGAAACUUAAGAACUUACAGAGGAGUAACACCAAUAAUCAAAAACUCAUACUAUGUGUGAUGUUUAAAAGCCUGGCCCAGUUUUUUAUCCUCGGCUGCCCUUGGAUUCUUUUAGUUUUCUCCAACGAUUCUACAUCACGGUAUGUCUGGAUGUUCUUCACUAGCCAGCAGGGCACCUUCAUCUUCGUGGUCCACUGUCUCUUCAACCAAGAGGUCAGGCAGCAGUACAGGAAGUACCUGGAUGCUUUUUGCUGCGCCAACAAACCUAACACCGCUACAGCAGAUGAGCAGUGACUCAACAUGAACGUCCACAGGGCUGUUCCUUCCAGGGUUACAUUGUCAGUGAUUAGCUGAGCUUUUUCAUAUUUUUGAUGCACAUGUUUUUUUGGUUUAGGACUUUUAUUGCUCUUUUAAUUCAUAUAUAUCUUCUUUUUGAUUUUGGUUUUCUGCAUUGUAAACAAAGAGCAACUUUAAUUUUCUUAUAACUUUACUAAAAUGUCAAUCUGUUAAAAGAUCGAAUCAGGUUAGGAUCAGGAUGUGUGAGGUAUGGAUAUGGACUUGUCAGGUCAGGCUUCAUUUAAUCUGCCAGCAUUUCUGUCUUUUUUGUAAAUAUUUUUAACAUAACAUUUAGAAACAUUACCGCAAUAACACAUCACAUAACAGAGCAAAACAUUAUUACUACAAAUGUUUUUAGAAUAUUGCAGAAACGUUAUUUAACAAUUUUUCGCCAAAGGUGAAGUUAAUGUCAGUGAAUAAUAAGCGAGAUGAAGUCGAGGUCGAGAUUAUUCUUCACCAAUAUUCACUGAGCCUGAGGCAGAUAAUUGUUUUAGUAUAAUUACACAGGUGAUUUAUUUUUUUAAAAAAUCAUUCAUUUCAAACUUCAAAAGUGGCAUGCAAAUAUGAUAAUGGCACGGCGUAGAUUUGUGUCGCUUCUCUACGCCGAGUCACAUAAAAUCCUUUGUUUUGAAAUCGAUAAAAUAAAUCACAAUCCCACCUUACCUUUGAAUAGUUUCAGACCAAAUUUCUGAGCAAUUUUAGUGUGACGAAGUGAUCAGCCGCCAUUUUGCCGAGUCGCUCGAGGUGAUUAUUGAGAAAUAGUCAGAAUCUCUCGACCAAUCAGAGCACGCAAUUUUCUAUAAUCACCUGUGUAUUUAUACUAAUUUUAGUUACAACGAUAGUUUUUGAAGGACAUGUCAAAUGCGUCUGGACUAGGUUUAGAUUUAGGUAGAAAAUUAUUUAAAAUCAACACCAGGAUUACUGGCACCAUUCAAACAAGUCUAUGAAAUCUAUUUCCACUGAGACAAAUAAUUUCAGAAGAACUGUGUGUGUGUGUGUGUGUGUGUGUGUGUGUGUGUGUGUGUGUGUGUGUAGAUCAGUUUCCCUCCUCUUCAAUGAAAUGAUAAAUGCAGAUCUGAGAAGAUAAAAGUGAAUAAACAGAAAAUGUACAUAAUAAUAAUAAUAAUGAUGUUGUUGAGUUGUAAAUGUAUCUACUGCCCCCUGUUGGCCAUCUGCAGCA